AUGCGGCCCCUGCAGACAGCGCCCCUCCUCCUAGAGCAGGCCCACACAACGCUCGCCGCGGAGGCGCGUAACAGCGCAGGCUGCAGCGGCGGGGGAGAGGGCGCCAAGGGCAUCAGCGGGCCCCCCGCGCCGCCCACACGCAGAACCCACCACAGGCACCAUGCAGCUCCCCCGGCACGUAAAGAGCCGCACUGCCCGGUCGUGAGAAUGCGGCGAGAUGCCCAUUUCACCAGACACCCGCUUGCAAACGUUGAGUGCGGACCCUCGAAGGGGUGGGGCAGGCGAGCGGGGUGGGGGUGGGCUGUGCGCAGGGCCCGCAGCAGCGGCGGGGGCCGCCCCCUCGGGCACCGCGCCAGGGAUCCACCCGCCCCCCCCCCGGAGGUGCGAGGGGGGCGCGGCGGGUUUGCUUAUAUAAUGGCCCUGCUGGCUGUUGGGAGCGCGGCGGGCAGAGGCCGCCUCCGCCGCCACCUGCAGCAAUCCGGGCCCGAUUACGGCGAGGAAGAAGAUUCACGUCUGAGCGCGCAACGAAGACGAGCAGGAGCUGAGGGUCAGCCUCGUGGCCGCCGCCGCCCCGCCCCUUCUCCCGCCAGCUGCGCUUGGCCCCGCCCCCUGUGGCUGGCCACGAGUGGCCCCGCCCCCUCAGCGGCCAAUCCCCGCUGCCCGGCUGGAGCACGGGCCCGCUCGGGCACCGCCCCCUCCCCCCGAUUGGCCCAUUUGAACGUCGUCAGCCCAACGUCGCUCCUCCGAGGCGCCGGCGAAGAACAAGCCCUCGAGCCCCGCCCGGCCCCGGCCUUCCUCUUCCUCAUGGAGGCCCCCCUGCCCGCCGCCCCGAGUGUUGCCGCCGCCCCGCAAGAGGAGCGACGGCGGAAAUUGCAGGAAUAUUUAGCAGCCAAAGGAAAGGUGAAAGUGCCAAGUACCAAGCCCUACUUAAAGGACAAGACCAAUCAGCAGAAGCAACCGGCUUCCUCCAAGCCCGAGCUCGCUGUCAAGUGGCAGAAAAAGGUCAUCCCGAGCACAGGCGGAGGAGCACAGGCAAGGGAGACGCAGUGGUCAGUCCCUGCUGGCCAAGGUUGGCCAGGCAGGUCCUCGCGUGCCUCUGCGUCUCAGAAGCCCAAAGCAGCAACCUCACAGUGCCUCACAGGGAAGAAGGUGUUGGUGCAGCCGCCUCCCUCCCUCCCCUCUGCGAGACUCCGCUCGGAGAAGCUGAGCUGCACUGGGGCCUCCUCCUCCUCCUCCAAGUGCCCUCUACGCCAAGGCAGGGAGUCCAGAAAGCGAGAGGCAGCCCCAGCUCCCAGGAGCCAGACCCACAGCCUGGCAGACAGGAGCCAUCCCUUGAAGAAAUGGCGAGGGCAGGCGGAGUACAACCGAGAGAACCUUCCUGCGUGGGGCGGAGCUCCUCCCACACCUCAGCAGCAGAAGGGGGUCCUCCGACCUGGCCUCAAAGCCGAGACUCGGCUGGCUUCCAAGCAGGCCGUGAAGAAGAGCAGCCAGGCGGUGGGCUGGGCUUCGGGAAGCAAGAGGCCUGAGAAGGGCCCAGCCCGGCCCUCUCCAGCAGCGGAGGCUCAGUGCCAGGCUCCUGCCAGAGGACCCGCAGCUGCUCUGGGAGGGAGGGCCUGUGGAGGCUCAGUGGCCCGGCCUGCUCUUUCUAGGCCAGUCAUGAAAAGCCGAGACCGGCGGGCUGCUGGCGUGCUUGGCCGAGAGGAGGGCCUCACCGGAAGGAGGGCUGCAGCCCAGUCCCGCUCUCGCGAAGCCUCUGCUGAGCUUCAGAGGGGGCCCUCCAAGCUGCAGGCGGAUGCUUGCCAAGUCCUGCAGGAGAGAAGGCGCCCCAAGCGUUCAGCUUGGGAGGUGGAGCGGAGAAGCAAGCGGGAGAGGCGCCAUUCGGUUGCUUGUGGGGGCACCCAUGGCCACGGAAGCCCCGCAGGCAAGAGCCGCUGCAGCCACACACUCGGACCGCCCCCCAGGACCUCUGGAGUGCCGCCCAGGCACCUGGUCUCUGCACAGGCAGCGCUUGGCGCUCUGGGCCGUGGAAGGGGCCUGCCUGAGGCGAGGCAGCCGGCAGCUGGGGCAGGCCAGGAGCUCCGGACCCCACGUACCCAGGAUCGGAGGCAGCUGCUGGCUCAGUGGUUGGCAUCCCAGGGGAAAAGCUACAAGCGGCCCCCAAUGACCCUGCCUGCCAAGAAGCCGCAGGAGGCACAGAGGCGCCGGAGCCUGGCCUGGAGAGGCCUGGAGGAGGAGGAGGAGCAGCUCAGCUUGGCCGAGAAGGUCACCAGCCUCUUGCGGGAGUACCUGCAGCUGGCUGAGGAGGGAUUCCCUGCAGCAGAGCUCUUGGACAUGCUUUCCCGCACGCCAGAGGCAGAGAGGUUUGCCCAGUUUUGGAUCUGCAAGGCAAAGCUGCUAGCCCGGCUUGGCCCGUUUGACGUGAUCGGGCUGUAUGAAGCGGCUCUUUGCGCCCGGGCUGCGCCAAUCCAGGAGCUGCGAGAUGUUGUCCUGGAGAUGCUGAAGCAUGCAGGCAAGACAGCCCAAGCACCUCUUGCAGAAGCCAGGCCUCUCCCCGAGGAGAAGUGGGCAGAGCCCAGCACCCCGCAGGCCGGGCAAGGACCGGUCUCCAAGCCUCUCUCGGCAGUCAAGCUCCAAGUGGCCCCGCUGCUCAGAACGAAGGAGCCAGGCACCAGGCCAGCCGUGAAGCUCCUCACUCCGGUGCGGCGCUCGCUGCGGAUCGAGGGCGCUGCUGCCGGCUACCCCCCGAUGCUGAAGGACCACGACCCCCUCGUGUCUUCCCUGGACGAACUGCUGGCCACAGAUACCGAGAGCCGGUUUGUGUUUCGGAAGAACGAAGCUCUGUCUGAGGAGGUGGGGAGGGCCCUGCUGGGGCUGUGACCUCCCUUGCACCCGAGGCCGCCCCCGCCCCGGGCCAGAUUACGGUGUGAAGGCAGUCUUGUCUUGCAUAAACGCUCCCAGAGCUUGGACACCUUUA